AGUGACGCCCGUGGGGGUAUAAAAGGCCGGAGCAGUCUGAGCCGCAGAAACCGAAGCGAAGCAAAAUCACCACUACUCACCAAUCUAAUUGCUUUGAAAGAGAGAUGGAGCGUGCAGUUUUUGCUCUUUUUUGUCUGUCGGCCGCUUUCUGCUUCGCCAGUGCCCAGAACGAGGAUCUGCCGCCAUGCCCGGACGAUUUCUACCUCAAAAUACGACCCGAAGCUUACGACGAACGCUCACAGCCACUAGUGGAACGGCAAGAGUGCCUGGCUGACCUCUCCAGAUUCUUGGGCUUCCCAUACAUCGCCCGCACCUACUUUUACGCUUGCAACGAAGGGUUCAUAACAAUAAGGCCUCAACCUGCUGGGCCUUUCGUCUGCAUCCCUUUCUUGGGAUCUGGAAUUGGGCCUGAGAUCGAUAUCCCCGAGACCUUUGAGCGACCGAGUCUUCCAACUCCCACCCAGCCACCCAGUCGUCCAUCUCCCACUGAACCUGAAGAGAGACCGACCACCUCUGGUGGGCUCUCAGAGUGUCCAUCUGAUUCAGUCUCCAACAGAAACAGAUAUGCCUACUCAUCUCUACGUCUUACAGUCAGGAAAAGAUGCUAUAUAAGGACCAGAGUCCAUGGAGCUCCGUCUCGACAUACGACAACAAUCUGGGAAUGCAAAGAUGGCUACACGAGAAACUACGUAAGAAGACAGUACGUCUGUGUGCAGGCGUAGGACUCCCUCCGUCAUAAUUGCCAUGGGAUGUGAAAUUAACUCAGUGAUUAUUGUAUUGAUGUGACAUGAUGAUUAGGAGAUCAUUGAUUCAUAAAAAUUGUGAAAAAAGUUUACAAAAGGAUGAUUGGAAAUUAUGACACAGCAGUUUAUACACACUUUUUCUUAUAUACAAAGCUUAAGAGAACAUUAGCGACCUGAGAUAAGGUUUGGGUAUAUAGGGUGCUCCAACUACAGCCUGAAACUCUUUGCAACGAGCUGUCUCGGGUGAAGAGGAGGGGGAGGAGGAGGAGCUGUCAAAGACUACUGCCAGAGGCAGAGAACUCAAAAUAUGACAGAGAGCUCAGCCAGCCGUCGAGCAGUGGGGGGAAAAACUCAAACCGACUCGCAGCCUGUGCACUGGGGUUGAACGUGAUAUCGGUGAGAGUGCCAUUAGUGAAGACCUCCCCCGACUGAACCGAGACCACGCUACAAGUACCCCUCGAGUUGCUGGCCAGCACAGCGUACAGACUCCCAAUUGCGACACACUGAGUGUCGCUGGGAAGGUUGAGCUCGAUGAAUCGGCACACACCUCCUCUUCGCAACUGGCGAGGCUCCAGAUGUAGAGGUAGUUCUCAUGGAGAAGUCCGAGACGGAGCGAGUCACCCGACAAGACAAAUUUGGAGGGUCCUCCACGGCUAGGAGUGCUGGACAACAUAUCGAUGUGACCGGUGGUGCGAGUAGGGUUAAAGAGGUGGAGGGGUUUGGAGAGCUUCACGUCUGGAAACAGACGAUGAGAUAUGAGCGUGGCCUCCCUUUUUGGCACUGCCUCCAGACGAUGUAUGGCGACAGUGUUGUCAACCUGUAAUAGAACUCUGUGCGCCUCGCAGAACCCUCUCCCCGAUUUAGGUCUCCUCUCCGGGAGAAGAGUGACCUCGCCGCCGAGAAAAUGGCGUAUCUUUGCCCCCCACUUCUGGAUGUGCUCCAGCGGGAUGGGGUAGACAGUCUUUCUGGCAGCUGUUUUUCCACGGGUGAGCUUGACUACCUGCAGAUCCCACACCUCACAGUCAUCUUCUGCCUCAGACACUAUAACCACCAGGUGGCAGGUGGGACAGACGGAGAUGCUGUGAAAAACCUGCGAGACUGGUUCGUCGUCCCACUGGCUGACUAACCCAUCGGACUCCUCCGCGAUGCUGCAGCUGUUCCACUUCCCGCACAGCUGCUUCCACAUGAUGCGCGUGUCUGACGCCGCAGCCCACUUGACUCGGCUACUGAAAGGCACAGUGGUAAAAGAAGCCACUUGAACUGGCACGUUGAGCGUACUCAUUUUCUCUACGGUAAUUCCAGCAUGGGAAUUAGUCUCUUCGUAGCGUAGGGUCACCCCCUUGCCGGCAUAAUGGUAGCUGUAGCGAGGACCGGUAGGGCAUUGGGCCACAGGAAACCCACGAACAGCCAGUGAAUUCAGGUAUUUCUGAUGGGCCCUGGUUGCAAUACACAGAUCUUUGAGCGACUUGUACUUGGACAUGUUCUCGCUCUUGAAGGCCUCGCUGAGCCCAACAUCUCCGGCCAUUCCCUCCCACAGCUCCGUGCAGCCGCCCACCCUCUCGUUCCAUUUCUUGCUGACCAGGAGACACGUGCACGCCUCGUCGAUAGUGAGGUAGGACACGACCUUGUGGGCCAGGCCCGGCGGGAGGUCACCCAGGAAAUCCCUGUAGAGAACUCUGUUUAGUUUCUCCACGAAGUCGAGCUGCUGUUGGUAGGAGCACUGCUUCACCAGCUCGACCAGGGAGUCAGCGCGGUGGCACGGCUCGAUCUUGUUGAACUCCUGCGACAGAGCCGACCCCAUACCGAACACGAGCUGGUGACGCUUUGUGGAGCUCGGCAGCUAGCCAGAAGUCUACUUCAACACAGCGCGUUGCUCCUCUGCAGCAUGCACGUGUGCACGUAUGUACACGUGAAGAACUUCGUUAUGAUUAUAAGUCUCAGAACAUGUCA